CCGGACACGUAUACUUCCGGCACCGCAAGUGUGAUUCUUUUGAUGGAGGUGUGUGAUCUCAACUCUGUGCAUCGCUGGAUUGCAAAGAGCCAUAACAUCAAUAACAUCAAUAUCCCGAGCAGCUGCACAUUUAUCUGAUCUGGCAUGUCUCAGGACAGUCAACACGGUAAGUGGGCCGUUUCCAGCAGCGACGAUGAUGAUGAAGCUCUUCCUCCUUCUGGGACUUCAGCAUCUCAGUCCAACCGACAUGCGGUUCCCAGUUACAACUCCAUUCAGACUGGCUCUCCACCUGGUCCCAAACUGGAACCAGAAACCGCCUCUAUAGAGUUAAAACCAGAACCGGAUAACACCCCUGUAAGCUCACUUGUUAUUGGCUCUGAAGCCCGACAGUUAGCAGCAACGAACCAGUCAAAUCCAGUGAAAUAUGAAAACACUCCAUCCUUAGCAGGGAAGAGGAAGAAAGAGGUGUCUGAUGGAUCAGGCUGGGCUCUCUCAGACAGUGAUGAUGAUGAUGAUGAUGUGAAGGGGAAGAGUUUCACUAACCCACCAAAAAAAGCACCUCCGAGCCCCCAAAAAAAGAAGGCAAAGGUGGGGAACGAGCGUCCGCCUAGUCCUCACGGUAGGGUCUACUACAUCGAUGAGCCAGAAGACUUCUUUGAAUCCAGUAUUCCUUGUUUAAAUGACCCCUUCAGGUUUUACCUUAACAAAGUGACAGGCCUGGACAGAAAGUACAACACUGGAGCUCUGCACAUCAGAGAUAUCCUCUCUCCAUUAUUUGGGACCCUGAAAGAGUCUGUUCAGUUUAACUACUGCUUUGAUAUUGCCUGGAUGGUAAAGCAGUACCCAUCUGAGUUUAGGGAUUGUCCAGUUUUGAUCGUACAUGGAGAUAAGAGGGAGGCCAAGGCCCGGCUGGUUCAGCAGGCUAAGCCUUUCCCACAUAUUCGAUUCUGCCAGGCUAAGCUGGAUAUUGCUUUUGGGACUCACCACACGAAGAUGAUGCUGCUGUGGUAUGAGGAAGGCUUUAGAGUCAUCAUUCUGACCUCCAACCUCAUCAGAGCAGACUGGUACCAGAAAACACAGGGGAUGUGGGUAAGCCCACUGUUCCCACGGUUGCCAAAAGGCAGCAGCGAAAGUGCAGGUGAGUCACCUACCUUCUUCAAGAGGGACUUGCUGGAAUACCUGGCAUCAUAUCGAGCACCAGAACUUGAGGAGUGGAUCCAACGCAUCAAAGAGCACGACCUGUCAGAAACCAGAGUUUAUUUGGUGGGCUCAACACCAGGGAGAUAUGUUGGUCCUGACAUGGAGCGCUGGGGCCACCUGAGGCUGAGGAAGCUGCUGUAUGACCACACAGAUCCUGUCCCAGACGAGGAGCGGUGGCCUGUGAUUGGUCAGUAUUCCAGCAUCGGCUCGAUGGGGCUGGAUAAGACCAAAUGGUUGGCAGGGGAGUUUCAGCGCACCAUGACUACGCUGGGGAAGUCAUCUGUUCGCCCAAACCCCCCCAUGCACCUGCUGUAUCCAUCAGUUGAAGAUGUGAGGACUAGUUUAGAGGGGUAUCCAGCGGGAGGCUCUCUUCCUUACAGCAUCCAAACAGCUCAGAAACAACUCUGGCUCCAUUCCUACUUCCACCGUUGGAAGGCGGAUACUACAGGAAGGAGUCAUGCCAUGCCACACAUCAAGACGUACAUGAGGGUGUCACCAGACUUCACUCAGCUUGCCUGGUUCCUCGUUACAAGUUCCAACCUGUCAAAAGCAGCAUGGGGGGCGCUGGAGAAGAACAACACUCAGGUGAUGGUUCGAUCAUAUGAGCUUGGAGUCCUCUACGUGCCCUCCGCCUUUAACAUGAAGACGUUCACUGUUCACAAAAAUCCGUUUCCGGUCUCCUCUUCCUCUUCCUCCUCUGGUUUUCCUGUGCCAUUUGAUCUGCCCCCUACAUACUACUCUUCUAAAGAUCAGCCUUGGAUCUGGAACAUACCGUACAACCAGGCUCCUGACACACACGGCAACAUCUGGGUUCCCUCCUGAACACACACACACACACACACACACACACACACACACACACACACACACACACACACACACACACACACACACACACACACACACACACAUAAAUUUAACCUUCUGUUUUUGUCAGUGAUAUGUCUAGAUGUUAGCUGUCAUUAGCAUAUAUUUUUAUAUUUUAUACCACACUGUACGCUCAUGUUUUCUACUAAUAAAUGAGCUGAUACGGCUGUUAAACAGUU